GCAGGUGCUGCCAUGUCCACCUUAAUGCAGAAUCCUUCGUGCCCAAAGGUGUGUGUGGCAUUUUUCCCUUGGCUCUGUCCUUUACACAGGGUUUGCUUGAAAACUACUGUUUCAUAUUUUGGUUUGCUUUUGGCAUUCAUUGCAUGGACUCAUAUAUUUUCUAAUGCGUUGAGGGUAGAUGUUGUAUACAGGAAGAGAUAUUAUAAAAGAAAGGCCUUACAAAAUGUGGUUUAGGUUUAAGUUUAAGCUAAGGGUUAGCUUGUAACUUUCCAUGUGGAAAAUCAUAAGAAUGAAAGCAGUUAGCACAACAAACUAUUCUGGUAAGAGAACCGUUUGCACCUGUAAUAAACAAGAAAUCUGUCCCAUGGGAAUCAGUGAACAAAAUAUGUAAACUAACCAAAAAUAGAGAAAUUUGACAGACAUACACGCUGGCCAUUUACCGACCAAUAAACUGGGUGUCACUGUAUUGUUAGCCAAUUAGGAAUAAUACAGUGCCUUCUGUUAUUUCCUAUAAAUAUGAGCUUUGUGAAUAAAGAAUUUACUUUUACUGCAUGAAGAAACUGAGUCCCAUCUGGUUAUUACUGCAACAUGUAGGAUUGAUUUCCUUUUCAGUUUUUCUGUCUGGGCUUUUACUUCUGUAUCUGAGUUUUUCAGCAAAGUGAAAAAAAUUAAUUUUCACAAUGCCCCUGUAAGAUGGGAGCCAACUGUUCUCUUUCUCAAGAUGAGGAGCAGAGGCACGUAGGAUGUAAAAGACAAAUUUGUAACUUAAAAGAUUUCUUUAUCCCUAUGUAGUGUGUGUAUAUAUACAUAUAUAUAUAUAUAUGUAUAUAUAUAUAUAAUGUCUUCUAUGUAUUCAAAGCACACCCUCCAUUAAGUCAUAUUGUUUAUCAGCAGCACUUGGUGUCUCCAUGCCCAUCAAAUCAUCUCAAGUGAUCUCUAUCCCUUGAGCUACUGGAUUAACUGAUAGCAUCUGGAGAGUGCUUUUCUCACUAUUGAGCUGGAAAAGGCAAGGGAGAUUGCUGACUGGUUUCAUAUUUAUGUGCAGAUGGUGGUGAAGGAAGGUUAGGGUAUCCUGAGUACAUUUCCAGGCCUUUGGCCUCUCCUCUGGCAGGCACAAAUACUUCUGUUCUUCUUCCAGCUGUGACCACUUCAGCCUGAUCCUGUCCGUUCUGUUGUUUCAGACCUUGCCAGGCAGUUGUCUCCUGCUGUAUUCUCCAGCUAGUCAGUGUCUGCUCCUCAGCCUCUCAUUCCUUUUCUUACAAUUUCUAUUCAGUCUCACUGCUCUGAACCUCCCUGCCCCUCUCUUGUUUCCUUGCCUUGCUAGAUGCAGCUCAGCGUCCAGUCUGCUGUUCUCUUGGCCAGUACCUUCAGUGGUUCAUAAUUCCAGUUUAUGUGUUUGCCAAAUUAGCUUGCUCACCUAUUCUUUUCACCUGUUACCCUUCUCUUUCCUUCCUCUUUCUUCUUUUGCAACUGGUUUCUGUGGAGAAACCAGUUCCAAACUGGGUUCCCUGGUUCUCAUUUUCCUUUUAAACAUCUCACUUUCCUACACCCAGGUUUCCUCUUUCUAGUGCAGCAGUUAUCUCAGUUUUCAUUCAUUAGCUCUUUGACUUUCCCUUUUUUUUUUUUUUUUUUAAUUAUUAUUAUGGUACUAUUAUGUAUACACAGACCCUCUCAGCUCCUGAAAUGGGUGAUAUAGAAACAGGCCAAACACAAUCCACAGCACUGCAGGAGUCCACUGGAGUGAGAGCUGAUCCCAGUCUGUACGGGAGGAUUCCUGGUGUCUGGAACCUGUGAGCAGUUUAAUUGCAGAAAGUCUGCUGAAUGUGUAUGUACUGUUGUUUUCCAAAAAUUUGUAAUUUGGCCAAAGUGACUUGUGAGGAGAAGCUUCCAGGUUUAACGUUUCUAGCAGUGACAAGAGAAGCUGUAAUCAAGCUUCAUCAUGUGUUUCUUGGCAAGACAUCCUGAAGAAAAUGUGUUUUCACCUCACUUUUAUGUGCUCCACAACAUGGUACAUGGAGGAGAGCCCAUCCCUCAGGCGGAUGACCAUGAUGAGGGAGAAGGGAAGGCGACAGGCCAUUAGGGGCCCAGCCUUCAUGUUCAACAACAGGGGCACGAGCCUGACGGCCGAGGAGGAGCGAUUCCUGGAUGCCGCCGAGUACGGGAACAUCCCCGUGGUGCGCAAAAUGCUGGAGGAGUCAAAGACACUGAAUGUCAACUGCGUUGACUACAUGGGCCAAAACGCCUUGCAGCUCGCUGUGGGGAACGAACAUUUGGAAGUGACAGAACUUCUGUUAAAAAAAGAGAACUUGGCACGGAUUGGAGAUGCCCUGCUGCUCGCAAUCAGCAAGGGUUACAUUAGGAUAGUGGAAGCAAUUUUGAAUCAUCCUGGGUUUUCAGUAAAUAAGCGACUGACUCUGAGCCCUUGUGAGCAGGAGCUCCAGGAUGAUGAUUUUUAUUCCUAUGACGAAGACGGUACCCGCUUUUCUCCAGACAUCACUCCCAUAAUUUUAGCUGCCCACUGCCAAAAAUACGAAGUCGUGCACAUGCUGUUGAUGAAAGGAGCGAGGAUAGAAAGACCUCAUGAUUAUUUCUGCAAAUGUAAUGACUGCACAGAGAAGCAAAAACAUGAUUCUUUCAGUCACUCUAGGUCGAGAAUAAAUGCGUACAAAGGACUGGCCAGUCCGGCUUACCUGUCCCUGUCCAGUGAAGAUCCGGUGCUCACUGCUCUAGAACUCAGCAAUGAACUUGCCAAGUUGGCCAACAUUGAAAAAGAAUUCAAGAACGACUACCGCAAGCUGUCCAUGCAGUGCAAGGACUUCGUGGUCGGUGUCCUGGAUCUGUGCCGGGACUCGGAAGAGGUGGAGGCCAUUCUGAACGGGGAUCUGAGCGCGGAGCCGGUGGAAGCGCAGAGGCACCGAGCGUCCCUGAGCAGAGUCAAGCUGGCCAUUAAGUACGAAGUCAAAAAGUUUGUGGCCCAUCCAAACUGUCAGCAACAGCUACUGACAAUCUGGUAUGAAAACCUCUCAGGAUUACGGGAGCAGACCAUAGCUAUCAAGUGUCUGGUGGUGCUGGUUGUGGCAUUGGGCCUUCCCUUUCUAGCCAUUGGUUAUUGGAUUGCACCAUGUAGCAGGCUUGGAAGAAUUCUCCGAAGCCCAUUUAUGAAAUUUGUGGCACAUGCAGCAUCCUUCAUUAUUUUCCUAGGCCUGCUGGUGUUCAAUGCUUCAGACAGAUUUGAGGGCAUAACGACGCUGCCGAAUGUCACUGUUACUGAUUACCCCAAGCAGAUCUUUAGGGUGAAGACCACCCAGUUCACCUGGACAGAAAUGCUGAUCAUGGUGUGGGUCCUUGGUAUGAUGUGGUCAGAAUGCAAAGAGCUGUGGCUGGAAGGACCCAGGGAAUACAUCUUGCAGUUAUGGAAUGUUCUGGAUUUUGGGAUGCUGUCCAUUUUCAUUGCUGCUUUCACAGCCAGGCUCCUGGCAUUCCUUCAGGCCACAAAAGCACAACAGUAUGUGGACAACUACAUUGAGGAGAACGACCUCUCCGAGGUCACACUUCCUCCAGAAAUUGAAUAUUUUACUUACGCUAGAGAUAAAUGGCUCCCAUCUGAUCCUCAGAUAAUAUCUGAAGGCCUUUAUGCAAUUGCUGUUGUUCUCAGCUUUUCUCGGAUUGCAUAUAUCCUGCCUGCAAAUGAGAGUUUUGGGCCCUUGCAGAUCUCACUUGGAAGGACUGUUAAGGACAUCUUCAAGUUUAUGGUUCUUUUUAUUAUGGUAUUUCUUGCAUUUAUGAUUGGAAUGUUCAUACUGUACUCCUACUACCUUGGAGCUAAACUAAACCCGGCCUUUACAACAGUGGAAGAAAGUUUCAAAACCUUAUUUUGGUCGAUAUUUGGCUUGUCUGAAGUAACCUCUGUUGUCCUCAAAUAUGAUCACAAGUUCAUUGAGAACAUUGGUUAUGUUCUUUAUGGCAUAUACAAUGUCACAAUGGUGGUGGUUCUGCUCAAUAUGCUGAUUGCUAUGAUCAACAGCUCAUAUCAAGAAAUUGAGGAUGACAGUGAUGUAGAGUGGAAGUUUGCUCGUUCUAAACUUUGGCUGUCAUAUUUUGAUGAUGGAAAAACAUUACCUCCACCCUUCAGUCUUGUACCAAGCCCCAAAUCUUUUUUCUAUUUCAUCAUGAGGAUCAUUAACUUUUCUAAGUGCAGGAGGAGACGGCUACAGAAGGACAUUGAAAUGGGAAUGGGCAACUCCAAAUCAAGGUUAAACCUUUUCACUCAGUCAAACUCCAGAGUUUUUGAAUCUCACAGUUUUAACAGCAUUCUCAAUCAGCCAACACGCUAUCAGCAAAUAAUGAAGAGACUGAUAAAACGUUAUGUUCUGAAAGCACAAGUGGACAAAGAAAAUGAUGAAGUCAAUGAAGGUGAAUUAAAGGAAAUCAAACAGGACAUCUCCAGUCUUCGCUAUGAACUGUUGGAGGAUAAGUCCCAAGCAACAGAAGAGUUGGCAAUUUUAAUACAUAAACUCAGUGAGAAACUAAAUCCUAAUAUGCUGAGAUGUGAAUGAUUCAACAAAGGAACCGUGGCUUCGACUACAGCACAACUAUUUAUUGGCAAUAAUAUUUCAGUAUCUUAUACUUGAAAAAAAUGUAUUGUAGAUUUUUAGCACUAAAUAACUUUAUGUACAGCUUCUCUGGAAUUUAGUCAUAGGAACUUUUAUUAACUCACCACAAAAGAUUGCUCUCUUCAUUUUAAUUGUCUAAAAGCAAGAAGUAUCAUAGCAUUUUUUUUUGCAUUUAUGCAUUAAAAAGGUAUAAUGGUAUCGAUUGCUGAUAUUUUAAUAGAUUUAUGAUUACAUAUGGAGAAUUCUUUGCACUAAAUUUGCAAGACAAAAAAUUAACAGAUACAGUGUAAUACUCUGUUCCUUGCAGUGUCCAGGUACAAAAUAGGAUUUUUCAUACUACAAUAAACCAACUAGAGAUGA